AUGGCACUGCGCACUGGGACUGCUUGGUUUGGGCAAGUCCUGCGCCGAGCCUCCAGGCUGCAGGGUACUUGGUCCAGGAGAUCCAGUAGCCUCCUGUGUCUUUCCUCUUCCCAGGAACACGAGCAGGGAGUAGGGAGAGGUGACCAACCCUGCAUCCACCACCACCACCACCAUCACAGCCACCCCCUCCACUCCCACUCUCCAGGUGCCCAGCCCAGCCAUUGCUGCCUGCAACUUCCCAGCGGCUGCUGCGCCCUCUCAGACAGGACGGGGGGACAUGAUCCCCUCACAAGCCGGUUGCUGGUGGCCAUGAAGAGGCAGAACGUGCGGACUUUGUCCCUCAUCAUCUGCACGUUCACUUAUCUGCUGGUCGGGGCCGCUGUCUUUGAUGCACUGGAGUCAGACUACGAAAUGCGGGAGGAAGAGAAGCUUAAAGCCGAGGAGAUCCGCCUUAAAGGGAAGUAUAACAUCUCCAACGAGGACUACCGGCAACUGGAGCUGGUCAUCAUGCAGUCCGAGCCUCACCGGGCAGGGGUUCAAUGGAAAUUUGCAGGAUCCUUUUACUUUGCCAUCACAGUCAUCACCACUAUAGGUAAGUGCACCUUCAUGGAUUUUGAGGUCUUGCUGGGUUUGAUCACUCUUCAACCUUUAAAAUAA